AUGCCGGAGGAUUUGGAGCCGGGCGUCAUCCGGAAGCUGGACGAGGUGGUGGUGAACCGCAUAGCCGCCGGCGAAAUCAUCCAGAGGCCCGCGAACGCCCUGAAAGAGCUGCUCGAGAACAGUUUGGACGCCCAGUCGAGUCACAUACAAGUGCAGGUAAAGGCCGGCGGCCUGAAGCUUCUCCAAAUCCAGGAUAACGGAACUGGGAUACGGCGCGAGGACCUGGCCAUCGUCUGCGAACGCUUCACCACCUCCAAGUUGUCCCGCUUCGAGGACUUGGCCCAAAUAGCCACUUUUGGCUUCAGGGGAGAGGCACUGGCCAGCAUCAGUCAUGUGGCGCACUUGGCCAUCCAGACCAAGACGGCGAAGGAGAAGUGCGGCUUCAAGGCCACCUACGCUGAUGGCAAGCUCCAGGGACAACCAAAACCGUGUGCCGGAAACCAGGGAACCAUCAUAUCCAUCGAGGACUUGUUCUACAACAUGCCGCAAAGGAGACAGGCGCUCCGUUCGCCGGCAGAGGAGUUCCAAAGGCUGUCCGAUGUUCUGGCCAGGUACGCUGUUCACAAUCCCCAUGUGGGUUUCACACUACGCAAGCAGGGCGAGGCACAACCUGCCUUGCGCACUCCAGUGGCCAGUUCCCGGUCCGAAAAUAUCCGAAUUAUCUACGGGUCAGCCAUUUCGAAGGAACUACUAGAGUUUAGCCACCGGGAUGACGUGUUUAAGUUCGAGGCUGACUGCCUGAUCACCCAGGUCAACUACUCAGCCAAGAAGAGCCAAAUGCUUCUGUUCAUUAAUCAGCGACUGGUGGAGUCGAUAGCUCUCAAGACCGCCAUAGACUCGGUAUAUGCCACCUAUUUGCCUCGCGGCCACCAUCCCUUCAUCUACAUGAGCCUCACGCUGCCGCCCCAGAAUUUGGAUGUGAACGUCCAUCCCACCAAGCACGAGGUGCACUUUCUCUACCAGGAUGAGAUUGUAGAAAGGCUCAAGCAGCAGGUGGAGGUCCGUCUGCUAGGCAGCAAUUCCACAAGGACCUUCUACAAACAGCUUCGCUUACCAGGAGCUCCGGACCUGGAUGAAUCUCAGGCAGCGGAUAAAACGCAGCGCAUCUAUCCCAAGGAACUGGUGCGCACCGAUGCCAGUGAACAAAAGCUGGACAAGUUUCUGGCGCCUUUGGCCAAAAGUGACUCAGGCGUGUCCUCCAGUUCCUCCCAGGAGGCUCCUCUGCCAGAGGAGAGUUUUCGAGUCGCUGCGGCAAAGAAAAACCGAGAAGUGCGCCUCAGCAGCGUGCUGGACAUGAGAGACCGGCUGGAGCAACAGUUCAGUACUCAGCUCAGGAGCAUCCUCAAAAACAUUGUAUACGUGGGUUGCGUGGACGAAUGCCGAUCCCUAUUACAGCAGGAGACACGCCUAUAUCUCUGCAACACCCGUUGCUUUAGUGAGGAACUCUUCUACCAGCGGCUGGUUUACCAAUUUCAAAACUUGUCAGAAAUUACUUUAAAUCCACCGCUGCCACUCAAGGAGCUCCUAAUGCUUUCGUUGGACAGCGAAGCAGCUGGCUGGACGCCUGAGGAUGGUGAUAAGGGCGAACUGGCUGCCAGUGCUGCGGAGAUACUGCUUAAAAAGGCCCCUAUUAUGCGGGAGUAUUUCGGGCUGCGCAUCUCGGAGGAGGGCAACGUGGAAUCUCUCCCCAGUGUGGUAGCCCAGCAUCGCCCCAAUGUGGCCCACCUGCCAGUUUACCUUCUUCGCUUGGCCACCGAGGUGGAUUGGGAAAAGGAGGCUCGUUGCUUCGACACUUUCUGCAGGGAAACAGCUCGAUUUUAUUCCAAACUGGAUUGGCGGGAGGAAUCAGCUGGGAGUUCCAGGUGGACCACGGAGCAUGUCCUAUUCCCAACCUUUAGAAAGUAUCUCCUGCCACCGCCCCGUCUCAGGGAUCAUAUUUUUGAGCUCACCAGCCUGCCGACGCUUUAUAAGGUGUUCGAGAGGUGCUAGUAUGCAUUUUAAUAAUGUUCCUUUUUAUUAAGCCAUAACUAUUAUUUAUGAUUCAAAUCUAGAUCUCCUGGAUCAUAACAUAUUCAACAAUA